AUGCACAUCCUGGAGCUCAUUUUAGACGGAUUCAAGUCCUACCCUGUACGGACGCCCAUCACAGGAUGGGACCCUUCGUUCAACGCCAUCACUGGUCUCAACGGCUCUGGCAAGUCCAACAUCCUCGAUGCAAUAUGUUUCGUUUUGGGUUUGACGAACAUGUCAUCGAUGCGCGCACAAAACCAGCAGGACCUAAUUUACAAGCGGGGCCAGGCGGGCGUCACCAAAGCUAGUGUUACCAUCGUCUUCGACAACUCCGACCGCUCAACAAGUCCUGUCGGCUUCGAGGACCACGCGCAGAUCACGGUCACCAGACAGAUUGCCAUCCCAAAUCUCUCGAAAUACCUAGUCAAUGGACACAAGUCGACGCAGCAGAAUAUCCAGACCCUCUUCCAGAGCGUACAGCUCAACAUCAACAACCCAAACUUCCUCAUCAUGCAGGGUCGUAUCACGAAGGUCUUGAAUAUGCGUCCUGCUGAGAUCCUCGGUAUGGUCGAAGAAGCGGCCGGCACGCGCAUGUUCGAGGAGAAGAAGGAGAAGGCGCUCCGCACUAUCACGAAAAAGGAUAAGAAAGUACAGGAGCUCACAGCCCUCCUCGAGGAGGAGAUCAAGCCCAAGCUUGACAAGCUCCGUGAGGAAAAGCGGGCGUAUCUCGCGUGGCAGAAGACGUGCACGGAACUCGAGCGCAUCGGGCGGACACUCCGUGCAUUCGAGUGGACAGACGCGACACAGCGCGCGGCCGCGAAGGACAAGGAGAUCGAGCAGGCAAAAAGUGCGAAGGAGGUGCUAGAGAAUGAGAAGACGCAGUUCAGUAAGGAAAUAAAGGCGGCGGAGAAGAGCGUGGCGGAAGUGAACGCGCAGCGGGACCAAGAGUUGAAGAAGGGUGGGAAGUUCAAGCAGCUGGAGGAGAAGGUCAGUGAACUCGGGAAGACGGUUGCGAAGGUCAAGACGCAAGUAGAAAUCAAGGAGAGCACCAUCGCUGACGAAGAGGGGAAGAUCGCGUCGUCAGAGAAAGAGCUGGAAGAGCUUCGCGCGAGUGUGGAGAACAAGCGGAAGCAGGUUGAGCAGCUGAAUGCGGCGCAUGCUGAGGUCAAAGACAAGCAGGCGGCUCUUCAAGCGUCCCUGAACAGCUCCGAGGAGCUUCUACAAACCCUACUUACCGGUCUUUCUUCGAGCAACACCGGCAACACCGGCGGAGGGUACAUGGGCAUGAUUGGUGAAGCACAAGCACGCCUCGCAGUCGCGCAGACAGAUGAAAAGUCGGCCAGCAGCAAUCUCGAACGCAGCGAGAGCGAGCUCAAGGACCUAGAAGCGCAGUGGAAGAAAGUGGAGCGAGAAGCGAGUGAUGCUAAGCGGAACCUUGACGCCAUGCGUGCGAACGUCGAAGGGUUCAAGCGGAAACUCGCUGAAACCGGAUGGAGCGCCGAGAAGGAACAUGAGCAUGAGAGCAACCUCCGCGACGCGAAGAACGAGGUCAGGCGACUCAGCGAGGUCCGUGAUGCCGUGAAGUCGCGCAUGCGUAACUUGGACUUUGAAUACACGUCGCCACAUCAGAACUUCGAUCGCGCGAAGGUCAAAGGUCUCGUUGCAUCGCUGGUCGCUCUCGACAAAGUGAACUACAAUGCUUCGACAGCCCUGGAGAUUACCGCUGGCGGGCGGUUAUACAACGUCGUCGUCGAAAGCGACGAGGUGGGCAAGCAGCUCCUCCAGAACGGCCGUCUCAAGAGGCGUGUCACCCUUAUUCCCUUGAAUAGGAUCGAGAGCUUCCGCGUAUCUCCCGCGAAAAUCCAAGCGGCCGAGCGGAUCUCAGGGGGGAGGGCACGGUUAGCGCUGUCACUCAUCGGCUAUGCGGACGAGGUCGCAAACGCGAUGUUCUACGUCUUCGGAGGCACAUUCAUCUGCGACGACGCCCAGACCGCGAAGCAGAUUACGUUCUCGCGGGAGGUUGGCGUCAAGUCAGUCACCCUCGAUGGCGAUAUCUACGACCCCUCGGGCACCCUCAGCGGGGGGUCCGCCCCGAGUGGCUCCGGCGUCUUGGUCCAGGUCCAGGAGUUGAUCGAAGCGGAGGCCAGUCUUCAGCAGGCACGAGACGAGCUGGCGAAGCUGGAGCGCGAGGAACAGCGUUCGUGUGAUGUGCGUGACAGGUGGCGGCAUUUCGCGCGCGAUUUGGGCCUGAAAGAGCACGAGCUUGAGCUUCUGCAGAAGCAAGUAGAAGCUAGCAACGCAUCGCGGAUCGGCGGUGAAGUCGAACACAAGAAGCAGGCUAUCGCAGACUUGCAAGCGGCCAUCCAGACUGCGCAGGCCAAACAGAAGGAGGCCAAGGCGGAGAUCAAGAAGCUCGAGAAGGACAUGGCUGACUUUAAGAAUAACAAGGAGGGCAAGAUCGACGAGUUGAAGAAAGAAGUUGGGAAGCAUAAGUCUGAUCUCCAGAAGCACACAGCACAAAUGAAAAUUCAGCAGAAGGAAGUCCAGACUGCUGGACUCGAGCUCGAGCAAUUGGAGAGCGACAUCACUCUCUCAGUGGCUCAGAUACAGGAGGCUCGCGACGCCGUGCAGAAGCUUCGCAAGGAGCUUGACAAACUGAAGGCCGAUCUCAAGCACCAUGAGGCCGCGGCAGCCAGCGCCGAGCAGAAACUUUCAGAAGAACGCGCGACCCUGAGCCGAUAUGACGAGGAGCUCAAGUCGCUCGAGCGCGUGAUCAAGGAGAAGAAGGCAGCUAUCGCAGACGCUGACCUUGAGAUCGAGAAGCGUGCCCUUGAAGUUGAAUCUUUGACCAGGGAGAAAGCCAGUCUUGUGAAAGCUGCGGCAGCGCUCGAGAAGCAGCACGACUGGAUCGCAGAGGAGCAAGAGCAAUUUGGAAAGCCGGGGACGCCGUAUGACUUCAGGAAAGCCGAUAUCGGCCAACUCAGGGCCAGAGCCAAUGAGUUGCAGUCGCAGCAAAACGGCAUGAAGAGGAAGGUCAAUGCGAAGUCCAUCCAUAUGAUCGACAGCACGGAGAAGAACGAGACCGAGAUCAAGAAGAAGCUUGCGCAGGUCCUAACGGAUCGGAAUAACAUGAUGGAAACUAUCGAGACUCUUGAUCAGCACAAGCGUGACACUGUCGAGAAAGUCUGGACUAAAGUCAAUGGUGACUUCGGCGCUAUUUUCGCUGAGCUCCUCCCAGGGAACUUCGCAAAGCUCCAACCACCUGAAGGUCAAGAUUUGAUGCAGGGCCUAGAGGUUAAGGUCCGUCUGGGCCAGGUAUGGAAGCAGAGCCUCACAGAGCUGAGCGGUGGUCAACGUUCGCUUAUCGCGCUCUCCUUGAUAAUGUCCCUCCUCCAAUUCAAGCCUGCCCCGAUGUACAUCCUCGACGAGAUCGACGCCGCCCUUGACCUCUCGCACACGCAACACAUUGGCCAGCUCUUCCGCACGCGCUUUAAGGGGUCACAGUUCAUCGUUGUGUCGCUCAAGGAGGGGCUCUUCACAAACGCGAACGUCCUCUUCCGCACGCGCUUCCGCGACGGCACGUCCAUCGUCGAACGGACGGCGAACCGCUCGACAUCAACGUUGUAUACUCAGAACAGGGAACAAGAGGAAGAGAAUUUGCCGCCGGCGGGACGGAAGGCAAGGUAGUUCCCUCCCUUCAUUGACUGCCCUGUUCCUGCGCUGCUUUCGUCCGUGUGUUCCACCCCGUUGGUUAUGGCGUGUCCCAGAUAGCAUUUGUAUUGUCCAUGCUGUACUAAUGUAUUGUAGAGCUAUGAUUAUC